UACCUAUAUAAAUUUACAACAAAAAAUUGAUCAUUGUGAGUUCCUUGUAUCCGAAAAUAAGAGACGCAAUGUGCGCUAAAUUGAGUUUUUUUGCAAUUGUAUCAUAUUUGAUAGUGCAAGCAGGAAGCAAUCUCAUCAGCGUGGUGCAGGUAUUCCGACAUGGUCAGAGAACUCCAAUUUGGUACUAUGAGAACGACCCGUAUGCUGAUGAAUCUUAUUGGCCAGUCACCCCUGGGCAGUUAACCACAACUGGUAUGCAACAACACUACACUCUAGGCAAUUUCACCCGCCAAAGAUAUGAUGGCUGGCUAGGAUCAUACUCCCCCCAGACUUUCCGUGCGCAAACCACAGACGUCGACAGAACUCACAUGUCUGCGCAAUGCGAUCUCGCUGGACUAUUUCCUUCCGAAGGAGAUCAAGUCUGGAACACAAAUAUUGCUUGGCAACCGAUUCCAGUACACAUUUCGGACGACGGAGUGAUGAGCUCCUCCAAGUCGUGUCCGGCUUACACCGAAGAACUUGACAGGAUUUUGUUGGAUGGAGACUACUAUCAGGAAAUCAACAAAAACUAUAACAGCGUUUACGAAUACAUCACCCUCAAUAGUGGAAGCAAAAUUGCGUCUGUAACAGAUGCGACUCUAGUUCGUGAUGGGCUGCUUAUCGAGAGUGAAUUUGGAUAUGCUCUACCUGACUGGACGAAGUCGGUCUAUCCUGAGCCACUCAAUACUCUAGGGGGUUAUGCCUUCCAGUCUUAUGCAUAUAACAAGAAAUUAGCAAGACUAAGUACUGGAAUUUUCAUCGAUACAGUCAUCAACUACUUUGACGAAAUGAAGAACUCCACGAGUACUCCGAAAUACCAAAUGUACAGCGCACAUGACACUAACAUUGCCCAAAUCCUCUCAGCUUUGGGCGCGUUCGAACCGCAUGUGCCAUAUUUCGCCAGCACCAUCUAUUUCGAGUUACGACGUCUACUCGGGGUAUACUUCAUCAAUGUCUACUACAAAAACGGAGACACAAUCGAGAAGAUAAUAGUAAAAGGGUGCUUGAUCUUUGAUUGCCCGCUGUACAAAUUCAAGAGUUUGAUGGAGGAUAUUCGCCUAGACACUGAAACUCGGGAAAAGGAAUGUUCCGAGACUAGCAAUCGUGAAAUAAGCACAUCUGUCCAGAAUCUGUUCAUCCACCAGGACUCCAAUGGUCCUGGACACAAAGUGGGAACAUAGAAAUUUAAUGUGAUGUAUAAUCAGAUUUGAAUAUAUCUCAGCUCAUAUCGCAC